AGAAGUGUUUACAUUCAAAAACUGUUAAGUGUAGCGAGUGACACAGUGACAUUAGACCAAACAAAAAGGGCUUCAACUUGUACAUCUCUUUUGAAAAUGCAUACUUUUUUUUUCUGAAACGCACUUCUUGACGGUUACGAUACAUAGUUCUUGAGUCGUUUUGUGUUUGUUUUUAUUUCCCUGACAACUGAAGGACGCCAUCGGUAGAGAUGGCGAUAAACCCGCUACCAGAGAUAUUCACUGAACUGAUACUACACCAGCGAAAAAAAUCAGGUUUAAGCAAGACUGUGAAACAUAAUGAUGAAGAUGUGAAUGCUGUUGCCUACAAGUCAUUUAAAGAGGCUGAAGAUGUGUAUAGGAAGAUGUUUAUUCAAAGUGACCCCUUAGUAGUUGAACCAGUUAAGGUUGAUGACGUUGUUAUGGAUUACAUUGAAAAAAUUAAAUUUAAGGAACUGGACAUCAUUAAAAAAAGGAAUGCAGUUAUCAUAAAGCGAAAUGGCAGAUAUGUGACCUUUUUGCCUCAGAGCAUUCAAGCACAGUUUGCACGAGAACAGUUUAUAACAUUAUAUCAAAAGAUUGCAACAGGGCUGCAAAAUAGGACGUACGAUAACGUUACAAGAAUACAUGAACUUUGCCAAGCAGAAUUUCCAGAACUAGUAAUCACUCGUAAAGAUGGAAGGCAAGUGCAACUGACUGGCAACUUCAUUAGCCUUGAAAGAUUUGAGACACUUUUGAACGGGAGAUAUUCCCAGUACCAAACCCUAAAUAAAACAAAAGUUAAUGACACACCUUACAAGCAGAAUGUGAAACAACAGAAAUCAGUAGACCAAGCCAAAGAGGAGUCAUGUCCAAUUUGUUUGGAACCACUCAAGGCAUCUGAAUGUGAAACCUUGCCUAAAUGUAAGCACAGAUUUUGCAGAGACUGUUUGAAGAGAGCUUUCCAGUUGAAACCAGCUUGUCCGAUAUGCGGAGAGAUAUACGGCGAUCUUACAGGGACGCAACCAAAAGGAGGAACCAUGCAUGUCUCAAGGGACUGCUCCUCUUUGCCUGGAUAUGAAAGAUAUGGAACAAUCGUAAUUAGCUACUAUAUACCAAGUGGACAACAGGGGGACGAACACCCAAACCCAGGGAAGCCGUACCAGGGUGCGUCCCGCAUAGCUUACCUCCCUGACACACAAGAGGGGAACAAGGUACUGAAGCUUCUGGAUAGGGCGUUCAAGCAGCGACUCACUUUCACCAUUGGACGCUCGUCUACCACUGGACAGAACAAUGUGGUGACCUGGAAUGACAUUCACCAUAAGACGUCUCGUGAUGGAGGACCAACCCAUUAUGGCUACCCAGAUCCAGACUACCUGAAGCGAGUACAAGAUGAACUGAAAGCAAAAGGAAUUUACUGAUUACAUAAAACUGAACCUUGUAAUCAAUUCAGACACUAUUAUAACAACCAGCAGUCAUAAUAAAACAAGAACAAGAAUAAAGUAAUAUGGCAGUCUCAUGAACACUAAAGCAAAGCAAGGCACUUUUUACAGGCCUUAUUGAUGUUUAACGCAGUAUAGGAUGUAUGAGUAAGAGAAACAUAGUAAGAGGUCAUUUAAACGUUAAACAUUUUUGCAUUCUCACUGCACUGCUUUUUCAUUAUUUUUUUUAUAUAAACUUGCUCUCGACCAGGGGUGUCCAAACUCAGUCCUGGAGGGCCGGUGUCCUGCAGACUUUUGCUCCAGCUUGCCUCAACAUCUGCCUGGAGGUUUCUAGUAUGCCUAGUAAAGCCUUGAUUAGCUGGUUUAGGUGUGUUUAAUUGGGGCUGGAGCUAAACUCAGACAUGGACAUGUUUGACCAUUUGGUUAAUGUCUUUUGCAGUUUUGCUAAGUCAAUCUACAAUUAUUCUUAUGUAUGCAGUAUGUUUGUAGUUUUUACUGUAAACCUUAUAGUUUAAUGUCAGUACGAUAGAGGAUCACGUCUACAGCAAUAUAUAUUGUGGUUAUUUUCUACUAGAUGAAGUAAAAUGAAGUGUCAUGUAAUGUAUAGUAAGUUAUAAUAGAAACUCAGCAACAGAAGGAACAAACAUAAAUGUCUGUAAUGUUAAAACGACCUCUAAAAUGAUCUCUUCAGUGUCACCAGAGUGGAAACAACUGGUGUUCAUAAGAAACUUUAAUCAAACCAAGAACAACUCAUUUUAGUAACACUAAAUCAUUCCCGUUGUCUUUUUAAUAUUACCUGGUUUUUAUCUGGAUCAUUUAUUGUUUACUUUUGUUCUGAUUUUGGUUGAUUACAGUAUUUUUUAAUGGAUGUUUAUAUAUCCAUUGUUUGUAUUUUAUAUAUUUUAUGCAUCGGUUCAAUCUUUGUAUUAUUAUCCAAAAAAAAUAAAGAACUUC